UUAAUUAAAAAAAAAAGGAAAAGUAACUGUUAACAUUUGUCUAAUCAAUUUAUCCGAUUAUAUACAACUUUUCCCUAAAUAUUUCCUUAUUUCUUUCGUGUGAACUCCGUUAAUCAAAUGAGAAAAAGAAAAAGACUCGCACAACUCUCCGCAUAUGUUAUAGAUUCUCUAUAAUUCCUAUGUGUGAAAAGAUUAAAUUAAUUACUUAGUCAUGGACGAUCUACUUUUUAAUUUCGUAUCUUCCGUUUGUUUGGCUGAGUUCAUUCCAUGCCAAGUGCGUUUAUUUGUUCUGUUAGCAGAUGUUAGAUCGAAAGCACAAGGAAAUAUCUUUUCUCUGCUGUAUUUGAGUUACCUGACUGAAUCAUUUUCAUAACCUUAUUUCUAUAAUACAAUAUGAUAAAUUGAAUUUUCCAAAAGGAUAAAAGUGGCUUUUAUUUCGUGAUACUUUUUGAAUGAAUAUAUUGGCGACUAAUCUAUAAUGCCAAGGAAAAUGUUUGGUGACAUACUUACAGAGGAAUGGCCCGAAUUCGGAAGACCCUUCGAGGAAUCAUCGACUAAGACUCUAGGCACCGAUGACCAGAUGGGAAACGGUACCUCCCAAUCCAUCAUCUUAGGAUCACCAAGAUUCCAGUCAUCUGUUUAUUCCACUCGCAAUGGGUAUUACGAUAACAGAGGAGUGCCAAAGUAUGUCCACCCCCAAAACAGGGUGCUUCCGCAACCGAUCGCUGGCCAGCGAUUGCGCAGCACGGACAACGGAAGCAUCCUUCAAACAGCCGGCACCAUUCGAGGCCAGAGACGAGGCAGCACCAGCAACGAUGACAGGACUGAUCCAGAAAUGAUGGGAAUCCUCAGGAAACGGUCGGAACUGAUCGAGAAAGAUGAAGAUUGCUACCAUCAAUUCAAUCUCAGAAAUCACCGAUUGUUCCACAGUGAUCCGAAUAUCUCUCGGCGUCCAGUGCCCAAUGGUUACGAGGAAGAUCCUCCAGAAAUGUAUUCGAAUCGGAGGAGCUGCACGGGCGGAGCCGCUGUCAGGACCAGUAAAAUGAAGUACAAGAAAAAAGCAAGGGCUCCGGAUCCUCCGCCAUCUGGCAACAGUUUACCAAGGCAACUGGAAAGAAAAUCGCCAAAUAUCCAGAAGGAUGGUAAUGGAAGGAAUAUGGCGUGCAAGUGUAUAGGUAAAUCUAAAGCACCGCAGCCUCCAGCCAUUGUUGUGCACCCUCCUCCACCUCCUCCUCUACCUAGUAUGGUGACAACAAGAACCAUGGUCAACGUUUCCCACCAUUCCAAGUCCCAAAGUGAACUGUUAUCUAGGUCACCCUAUGUGACGAGAGCUGUGGCAAGCAGAGACAGUAAAAUGGGUUACGAAAAGAAUGUGCAUCCUUUAGAGAAAUGGAGAAACUGUCGUAGCUCUGGUGAUGUGAGAAUCGACGAACAAGACGAGUCCUCCCCAAGCAGGACGACCGUAUUCGACAGUAGAAAAAUACCCGAAAGCCAAACUAAGGUACCAUCUUAUUUACCUCAUCGGCCAGAUCCUUUCCAGAAAGAAAUCCAGGCGGUUACCCAAAAAAUCGCGCAAAGCCGCCAAACUGAGACUGAGUCGCCAGUGACCACCGCGAGGAACGAGAAUCUUCCCCAGUCGUCUACGGACAUUACGCCAAAUUCUAAGUCACGGGAAACUACCUCGCCACCGAAAUUCUAUUUCGCCGAUGUGGAAAUUUUCAAGAUGGGCAGCAAAAAGACCGACUUAAAUCCAUCCGAAGACGUGAAACAAUCUGAUAAACGUUCUAGUGUGGAAGAAACUUCUAAAUUUCCCGCUCUUCGUAUCGAAGACCGUCAAUUGCCCAGUUCUAAACAUGACUCAACAAAUGUUGAUGAAAUAGUGCCUUCUUUGCAAAGAUUUUCUCCCGCACGAAAACGGUUUAAAUCCCCAAGCCGAAGUUCUACACCAAGUUAUCAACAGAAUGGACAAGAAAAAGACUGGGACAGCUUAUUACAAAAUAUGCAGUCUAAAAAUAGCAUUGAAUCUGAAAUCGAUUUAAGGUUACGCCCUGUACUUCCAAGAAAAACUUCCGAAGUGCCAAAGUUUUCUGCUUCAAAAGCUUGGCAAGCACUUGGCUCUGAUGGCCAAGGUAGCAGCAAUCAUUCCACCAGUGACGACGGCAGAGACUGUCCAUCACCAUACAAGAAAAAUGGCUUCAUUCCCCAGAACCAACCAUACGACAGAGGUCGUCGCCAAUCGGACAUCAACUUCAACAGGUACAAAAGCAACAACGAUGGACUCAAACAGCGCAGUCUGAGUGACAGCCACUGGACACCGAGACAAGAUCUUUUGGACGAUUCCGACGUCAGUAGUGAAGACAGCGAAGAGGCCGUCGUACCUCGAAUUCAACCCGACUUGAAUGAGAUAUCAACCAGAUUCUCUCUUCCAACCGUCAUGUUUUCGAACAUGAGGCCCAUCGGAUCAGAGUUAAAAUCGAACUCAACGCCAUCACCCGGUUAUUUAAAUGGUAGUUCGAGAUAUACUCAGUCGUCAACAAAGAAGAAGGGAACGAAACAAACGAGUUCGGAGUCGGCGCCAACAUUCAAGAGGCUUUUAAGCAAGCGCAACAAGUACAUGAGCGAGGAAGACAUUGUAGUCUCGGACUCAAAUUGGACGUUCGGGCAGUACGGUUUGCAGAAAAGAGGUAAACAGUACUGCUCGGACCUGAUGCUGUCGGAUAAAAAGAAGUACGAAAUGAUGAUGAAGAAUAACUUCAGCGACUUUUUGGGUGAUAUACUUAUGAAUAAAGCGGACCAUAUGCGUAAACAGUUGAAGUCAUCAGACUCGGGGAAUUCGAACUUUUCAUUCUAUUCUACAGAAGGGCAGAUUAUGUACGCACCUGAGAAGGGUGGGUUCGUCAAGGAGGACAUCUGCUCUCCACCCACGAAAGGACGAGUGAGCGACAUGCGUCGUAAAUUCGAUGGCAACUUCGAAUCUAACAAACCAAACUUCAGCAUACAACAUGGUAAGAAAAAAGGUAACGUUAACGGGAUCGAGAUGGGCAGGAAGAGGGAUUUGGAACUUGCCAAAAUGCUAGAAGACGAAGUUAGGAAGAGAAGAAACAAAGAGAAAAUAACAAUCAGGCAACAGCUCCAGAGGAUGAAGAGUCUCCAUGUCGAUGAAGAUGACGAGGAAGAUUUCGACGAUGAGGCAUAUUUCACGGAGCCUAAAUCCAGGGAGGAUUCGCAAUCUCCAUUUUUUGCAUCGGACUUGGCGACUCAUGCUCAGCUCGGAAUCAGGCCGUUUCGUUUUCAAACAGGCAUGCACAAUGGUGCAAAUAGAUUGAGUCAUUGGCAGAGUUCGCCUGCACUUCUAGAAGAUUCAGUUCAAACAAAUGGAAUGCGGCCUACAAAUAAAGGUCGUCUAUCUAUGUCUUCUGUCAUGAGCUCUCCAGAUCCAGAGGCGUGGACGCAGAGUCGUGCUGUGGAUAGCUGGCUGUCCAAACAAAAGAGAAACUUAGACAGUCCACCGAGACCCAAAAAAAUCAGCGACCACUCCCGCAUAUUGGCUGCUGUUGAACAUGCCAACGAUGGCGAUGUCAGUUCGUCGCCAACUCCUGCGCCACCCAAGAAAGAAAGGAGGAAGACCAACAUCUAUAAACAGCUGAUGGACAUCGUAAGAAAAGAAGAAAGACAUCUCAAAAAUGCCCAAAAAAAUGGUGGCGACCACAACAGUAGAGAUUCUUCAUAUUCUCAGCGAGAAAGCAGUCCAUCUACUUUGUCAGAGUCAUCCUCUACUUCUUCCUAUUCCUACUCAGAUUCCUCCAGUGCUCGGAACCAUGGCCUCAACGGUGUUCCAGCAAACAAAGAGUUCCACUCUUCGGGCUACAACCGAUCCUCUUUGAACACUGAGAACGGAACUCCGUCCUUCCAAGUUGCAUUCGUCCAGCCUUAUACACCAAGCAAAAGUUACCGUCCUGUGCCAUUUGAUAUUGUUCAUUCUUCUGCGAGCAAUUAUCGAAUGACAGGACUACCAGAAGAAGGGAAACAUGUACAAGCUGAAGUAUCUUAGUUUUCGUUAAGUGGUAAUUCUUCUUUUUCUACAGAUUAUGGCAUGGAUAAAUCUUUGCAAUUCUUAAACAUGCUUGUAUUCUGCAUUACGGGUUCUCAUAGUGAGCGUUCUCCAAACAUGAAACUGACAUCCAAUUUUAGCUGUAUAUACUUUUAUUAAAAAGAAAUUGCCAAUUUUAUGUAUUUUAAAUGUACAAUUGUAAUAAUCAGUUUGAAUGUUUUCCUUGAUAUAAGAUAAUCAGAGAGCUGUGUAAUAAACCAAGUCUGUAAAUAAUUUAUUGUAUAGUAAAAUGACUUGAUUGUAAAAUGACGAGUGUGACACAGAAUAAAGAAUUGAACCUCUUCAGAA